AUGCGCCCUUCUUCUACUCUUGCCAUGGCACAAGUCACGUCUGCUUCUUUCUACCGCCCUGCUGAAUGGGGCAGACACUCAGGCGUAAUUAUGGCCUGGCCUUCCUCGGAGAACCCGGGUUAUGAUACGGAAUCACUCAGGGCGGCGAGAAAGGACGUCACUGCUGUGGCAGAGGCUGUCGCGCUCUUUGAACCCGUCACGUUUCUCGUUGAACCGAGCAAGGCCAAAGACGCAGAGAAGAAGUUUAAGCGCUCUGACUACAAAUUUGAUGUAGUUCCUGUUGAGGGCUACAAGAACCUCGAUCUGUGGAUGCGCGAUAUGGCGCCGACGUUUGCGCUUGACGAGAAUAAUGGAAGUCUUGUAGGUGUGGACUAUAACUUUAACGGUUGGGGGAAUAAAUAUCCUACCGGUUCCUCUGUAUCGCUUGCGACUAUUAUUUCAAGCUACAUGCGGACAAACCAGGCCAAUUCAUCACUCAUUACGGAGGGAGGAUCUCUCGAGGUCGAUGGCGAAGGCACGCUUCUCAUCACAAAAAGCUCCAUCAUCAAUGACAACAGAAACCCGGGCAAGUCGCAAAGCCAAAUCGAGCAAGAGCUCCGUCGCACCCUUGGAGUCGACAAGAUCAUAUGGCUCCCCGGCAGGAAGAACCUCGACAUCACUGACUAUCAUGUCGACGGCUUGGCUCGCUUCAUCGGCCCGGGAAAAGUGCUGCUCAGCAAACCCUCCCAGCUUGGGGAUGAUGUCAUGACGAGAAUCUACGAAGAGGCGUAUGAUGUGCUUGAGAAUAGUACCGACGCAAAGGGACGGAGGUUGGAGAUUGUGGAAAUCGCGGAAGCGGACAUGUACUCUGUGGGCUUGGAUCGCAAAUUGCUCAAGGACAUUGAGUCUGGGAAGGAGGAUGGUCCGGCUUUCACUUAUGUGAAUUAUCUGCUGGUGAAUGAUGGUGUUAUAUUUCCUCAGUUCGGAGAUAGGAAAGCUGAUGCGGCGGCUUUAAAGACGAUUCAGAGGUUGUAUAAGGAUCGGGAGGUUGAGCCGGUGUACUUGGAGAUGCUGCCGCUGCUUGGGGGUGGCAUUCAUUGUGCCACGCAGGAGAUUCCCGUGCCUGAGAAGUAG